AUGGAAUCCCAACCAGAAGUCCCCGUUCCUGACAUGAAGGACGUUGGAACCGAACAAGAUAGCGCAUCGCCGACAACAGCCCAUAUUGAGGAAACCCAAGCAAAACUAGCACAGAAAGAAGAAUCCAUUCGUCAAGCCUGUAAUCUCCGCGACUUCGAUGCAUUAGUGGCGCAUGCCACCUCGGAAGGAGGGUUUCUUCGCGAUGAUAUCAGACGGCUAGCCUGGCCGGUGCUUCUUCAGAGUGACCGAGAUCCCGACCUUCCCGCUUGGGACGACUUGCCGCCGCAUGCCGAUGAGGACCAGAUUCAACUUGAUGUCAAUCGAUCGUUCGUCUACUAUCCUGACUGCUCUGAUACUGAGCUUUCGUUGAAGAAAAAAGAGCUCUCAGACCUUAUUAACCAAGUAUUACGAACCUAUCCGAUGCUUUGCUACUUCCAAGGCUAUCAUGACAUCGUUCAGGUUCUCCUCCUGGUUUUAGGGGGCCAAAGGGCCGCGCCGGCGGUCACCCGGCUAUCUCUUCUUCGCAUCAGGGAUUACAUGUUACCAUCACUAUCCCCAACACUAAAGCAUCUGCAACUCAUCCCCGAUAUCAUCAAAAAGGCCGACCCGGCCCUUCGAUCGCAUCUUGAGGGCAUCAGACCUUUCUUUGCAAUCGCGGCUACUCUCACGUUGUAUGCCCACGACAUCGAAGAAUAUAGCGACAUUGCUCGCCUUUUUGACUUCUUGCUGGCCAAGGAGCCUGUUGUUUCGAUCUAUCUGUUUGUUGCAAUAAUUCUUUCCCGGAAGAAAGAACUACUAGAGAUCCCCAAAGACGAGCCGGAAAUGCUCCAUUUCACACUCUCAAAGCUCCCAUGUCCUCUUGAUCUGGAAGCCUUGAUAUCCCGCGCUGUACGGCUUUUUGAUGACUAUCCACCAGAGUCCUUGUCGUCUCGUGCGUGGAAAAACCUUCCACAAUCCAGUGUCUUGAAAACUUCAAGAGACCUCCUCGCAAAUCAGACGACAGACGAAGCAGUGGACUUAUUCCAGCAACAGGUACGACAACUACACAACGAAGAGCGACGAGAGAAAGCCAUCGGCUUUCUAUGGUAUCACCGAAGAACAAUCGGCUCUGUGGCUGUUGCUAUUUUUAUUGGUGCCAUGUCUGUUUGGAUCAGAAAGAAGGGGUUGGACACUCCGAUCUGGUCUUAUCUUCACCGCUUCAAGGCAGCGUUCCAGGCGCGAGGUUACCUCUAA